GUUUACUCGUUUGCUGUUUGCACGACUUCGCUCCAACUACUCUCCGCGUGAGCAAAGGCCUGCACUUUCUUCACCCUCUUUUCCUAUCCCGUUGUGCCAGCCUGCCUGCUCUUUUUUGGAAUAAAAAUCAACCCUCAGAUCAGCACUUCCUCCUUCAAUCUCAAUCUUCCACCUUCAUUUUACUGUACUCCGGUCGAAAUCCGUUCUGGGUUUUGGCAUUUUCAUCCUUUCUGGUAUAUUCACGGAUCUGUUCUUUCCCCAUUCACUUCUUCACUCGUGACUUCAAUAUUCAUCAAAAUAAAGGUUUUUUUGUGGGGAAAAGUCAACUCCUUUUUAGUUGGCAUUCUGAUGAUUGCAGGCGCAAGUUCUCAAUGUGCACUGGUGAAUUCAGUUAGAUCACCAACUACUAUACGAGUUCUUGCUGGUAAGAAUUUAUUUUGUGGGUUGACCCAAGGAAACAUUUUUAUUCGGGGAAUUUAGACUCUAAUAUAGGUUAGUGCUGUUGGUACGAAAUUUUUUUGUGGGUUGAUCCCGGGAACCCUUUUAGUUUGCAUAUUUUGGCCGUUUAACUUAGAUUACUUUGUGGGUUGAUACCGGGAGCAUUUUGGUUUGGAAAUUUUAGCUCUAAUAUAGGUUAGAGCUGUUGUUGUUGGGAAAUUAAUUAUGUGGAAUUUUUUGUUAUAAUAGAGUUUAAAGCUGUUGCUGGUGGGAAACUAUUUUGUGGGUUAAUUUAGGCUAGAGCUGUUGCUGUUGGGAACUUAUUUUCUGGGUCAUUCAAAAGUAUUGUUUUAGUUUGGAAAUUUACCCUUUUUAUCAUUCUUUUUGGGAAUUUUAGCUGCAAUAUUGGGAAAGAUGAUUGGAAGGAAAAAUAUGGGGCGAGUUUCGCCACUACUUUUAGUACUAUUGGCAUUGGGAUUUGGUUUUGCAACAUAUAACUUGGUGACAAUGGUAAUGCACAAUAGAGGGCUUAGUUCAGGGAAAUUUUGGGUAACAAAUGAGGCUUCAGAAUGGUAUGAUCCCGUGAUUAAUAUGCCUGAUGAGGUGAAGGGGUUAGGAAGUUCGAAUGUGAAGUUUCAUGUUGCUUUAACUGCAACUGAUGCGCCUUACAGUAAAUGGCAAUGUCGUAUUAUGUAUUAUUGGUAUAAGAAGAUGAAGGAUAUGCCUGGAUCCGAUAUGGGAGGUUUUACUCGGGUUUUGCAUUCAGGCAUGCCUGAUAAUUUGAUGGAGGAGAUUCCUACUUUUCUUGUUGAUCCUCUUCCGGAAGGGCUUGAUCGGGGUUACAUUGUGUUGAAUAGACCAUGGGCUUUCGUGCAAUGGCUAGAGAAAGCAAUUAUUGAAGAAGAAUAUAUUCUAAUGGCAGAACCUGAUCACAUAUUUGCAAAUCCUUUGCCAAAUUUGGCCCAUGGUGGCCAUCCUGCUGCAUUCCCUUUCUUCUACAUCAAACCAGCAGAUAAUGAGAAAAUCAUUAGGAAGUAUUAUCCACAGGAAAAGGGUCCUGUGACUAAUGUUGAUCCGAUUGGAAAUUCUCCUGUGAUAAUUAAUAAGUUACUUCUGGAGAAAAUUGCUCCUACUUGGAUGAAUAUGUCUUUGCGGAUGAAAGAUGACCCAGAGACUGAUAAAGCUUUUGGCUGGGUUUUAGAAAUGUAUGCCUAUGCAGUAGCGUCUGCUUUACAUGAUGUGCGACACAUUCUGCGUAAAGACUUUAUGUUGCAGCCUCCAUGGGAUUUGGAAGUUGGCAAGAAGUUCAUAAUACAUUAUACAUAUGGAUGUGAUUAUAACAUGAAGGGAGAACUGACAUAUGGAAAGAUUGGGGAAUGGAGAUUUGACAAGAGGUCUUAUCUUCGUGGUCCACCACCUAGAAAUCUUCCUUUACCCCCACCUGGGGUUCCUGAUAGUGUGGUAAGACUUGUGAAAAUGGUGAAUGAAGCAACUGACAAUAUUCCAGGAUGGGAUGUGGAGUAGAUAUUUGACAGACUGUUGUAGAAGGCUUAAACAGUCUCUUGUAUACAGUCAAGAUCCACACGAAGUAGAGUGCCACACUGUCGGCUGUCCUCAAGACUCCUACUGAGGACAAACAAGUAGAGGUGAACAGGAAAGAAUACACUAUAAGGAGAAAAAUGUAACGAUGUCUCAUUUAAGAUCCUUUUAUAAUUCUUCUUCAACUUUUUUGGACUGGAUUUUAAUUCCAAGGCCAGGAAACCACAUUUUCUAGUAAAAAUGUUGUGAUUUGUCCUUUACUAAUUUGAAAGCCCCGGAUCCUCCAUGCUACCACAGGAACUAGGAGUAGAUUUGAUUCUUCUGAAGAAGGAAUUAUGCUGGGCCAGUGUGUUUGAGAUUUUCUUGAACAUGGCAUGUAAGAUAAAGCUUGAAACUUAUAAUUGGACAGAUGAAAGAAUUGCAGGAAC